AUGGACCGAAAGACUCGUUCCCCCGAGUCUAUGAGCAGCCAGUUCUCGGGUGCUCAAACUCAGUUGCCUGCUGAAUGGCAAAGCUUUUACAACACUUCGCAGCAAGCUCCACGUCAGGUCUCGCCGCCGCAGGAAACAUACCGAGAAGUCGGGGUAUCGCACCAAGGCUCACUGACCAGGGGGACAGAGCCACCAUCCUCGCCGGCAACGACUCAACCUCCCGUCAUUGGAUCUCCUGGACUGGAUUCUGUUGUCAGCACAGACGAUAAGGAGGUGUAUAAUGGCAGAGGAGAUCCUUCUGCACCACCGCCAGCUCAUCCUCCUAGGAAACGCAUGUGCGGUUUGCCGAAGAAGUGGUUCCUUGUCGCUGCUGGUCUAGCAACAUGCAUCAUUGUGGCCCUCGCUAUAGCACUGGGAGUUGUGUUUGGGACUCGCAGAUCAUCCUCUAAUGAUUCGACCUCCCUGCCAACAGACACUACACUACCCCAACCAACAGCAACAGGUCCACCGCCCAAUACCGGUGAUCCAGACUUCAACGUUGGCGGCGCCUUGAACCCGCAGUACUACUCGACUGCGGGUGCCUUCAAUGGGACCGGACUUGCCUUGGCAUCACAAUCUUUUGGCCAGGACGAUCGUGGCGAGAUCACCAUGUACUACCAGCAUUGGUCAGGCGAUCUCCGCUGGAGCCAGCUGAUGAGCGAUGGCACCUGGCAAGGUGGCUCUGCCGGCGAGACACUAGCGCGCGAUGCAAAGAACGGGACGCCGAUAUCCGCGGUCGCCUACUCUAUGGACGAAGCAUCCAUCUGGCACAUCUUCUACGUUGAUGUCGACGACAGACUCCGCGAGCGGAUCAACAGCAACACGACCAACGUAUGGCGUGACGGUCCGCUGUCGAGACGGAACCUCAGGGUCAACAGGGCGGACCGGAUAGGACUGCAGGCCUGCUGGUUCGGCAACUUCUACGGCGACUCGAGCUUCCAAAGGAGCGAUGCAUUUAACGCACCGAACACUGAAGGGCUCCCGAAUGAUCAAAUUGGGGUGCGUCUUUGGUAUGCAAGCAGUAACACCACUUUUGAGCAACUGGGCUGGCUCUAUGGAGAGGACGAUUGGGUGCCCCAAGACACAUGGCAGAACAAGAACGGUCAAGCCGGGGUCGGAUGCUAUUCCUGGGGCCCCGGCAGCGUCACAUAUGUCUUCAUGGUCAACCUCGACAACACCCUUGAGAUCUGGUGGCGGGACACAAAUACCAGCUUGGCCGGAAACUUCAGCCACCCAAUCAACGAAUGGACAAACACCUCAAUAUCCAUCCCAAACCUCCAUCCCUCCACCUCCCUUGGGUACACAAAUUACUUGUACGCCCAGUCUGCCGACUACACCAUCCACGGCUACAACAUCUCCUGGCACUCGGAGAACACAUCCUUUGUCCCCAACGACAACUUCACCAUCCUCAGCGCCGGCAAUGGCUCCCUCGGCCUACCAGGCACCCACCUCAGCGUUACUACCCUUCCCAACCCGAGCGGCGGCAACGACCUCUUUGCCUUCUACCAGACCGAGGGCGACGAUGUCUCCGUCUUUUCCCGCGACAUGCUGGCCGGACCCUGGGCCGAGGCCGAGGUGCCAAUCCCCAAUGAUUGA